CCGGUCGCAUACGCCUCUCCGUCAGCCCGGGCUUUAGACUCCGAGUUUUGUGACCGACCUUGGUGGCUCUUCUUCCUUCAAACGAACAGAAUGGCAGCAAUCAGGACUCUUACAAAACUGUGCCAGCAUUCCCAACAUCACGCCAGUAAACUGCACACGUCUGCGUCGAGGCAGGCAGCAGUUGUCAUCUCAGGGAAGAAAAUAGCAUGGCAGAUUCGGGAGGAGGCCCGGGCCGACGUGGAGAAGUGGAUGUAUGCCGGCAACAGGAGACCACAUCUGAGUGUGGUUCUAGUAGGAAACAACCCAGCCAGUCACUCCUAUGUCCUGAACAAGACCCGUGCGGCAGCUGAUGUCGGAAUUUCCAGUGAGACGAUUGUUAAGUCUUCAGACAUCAGUGAGGAGGAGUUACUGGAUUUGAUCGACAAACUCAACACAGACCACCGUGUGGACGGCCUACUAGUCCAAUUGCCACUGCCAGAUCACAUCGAUGAACGGAUCAUCUGUAACGCGGUUUCCCCGACCAAGGAUGUUGACGGCUUCCAUGUAGUUAACGUGGGCCGCAUGUGUCUGGAUCAGUCCGCUAUGCUUCCCGCUACACCCUGGGGAGUCUGGGAAAUGAUCAAACGAACAGGUAUUCCUACUCUGGGGAAGAAUGUCGUGGUAGCAGGGCGAUCCAAGAAUGUAGGCAUGCCCAUUGCAAUGUUACUUCAUACAGACGGGCGUCACGAGAGACCCGGAGGUGAUGCCACUGUUACAAUCUCUCAUCGUUACACUCCAAAAGAAAAACUUCGGCAACACACACAGAUCGCUGACAUAGUCGUGGCUGCUGCAGGGAUUCCAAACCUCAUCACAGCGGACAUGAUCAAAGAGGGAGCAGCGGUGAUUGAUGUUGGAAUAAACAGAAUAACGGACCCAAUCACUGGAAAGAGCAGAUUAGUUGGAGAUGUGGAUUUUGAAGGUGUAAGACAGAAAGCAGGCUUUAUCACUCCAGUACCUGGAGGUGUGGGACCCAUGACUGUGGCAAUGUUAAUGAAAAACACUAUCAAAGCAGCGAAGAACGCUUUGCUUUUCCACCCAGAGAGGAUCCGCAUGGCGGCUGCGUCGUAAUGAGCUGGAGCGAAUCCCAGCAGCAGUGACACAUUCCACUCCCUCCAACACUACGACCCCCUCUUUUUUUUUUAUUUGGAGCAACCCGAUGAGCUCCCAUAGCACACAUACUGGAAAGAUGAUAGCUUUACGGAUUUGAUCCUGCUGACAUCUAAGACCUUUCUGAACUUCAAGUCCAUGUUUAGACUGUUGCAUUUACACAUGCAGCUGAAUGUUUCAUACAACAUGGCCCUCAGUAUUUAACAUGUGCAGUGCAAUGUCGUUGUUUUUUGGAGUUUUAAGGAACCUUGGGAGAUUGUUUAAUUUAUUACAACAGCGGUAUCUUAUUUAAACAUGAAUGGAGAAAGGUUACAGUAUUUAACUCAAAGCUAAUGAGCAGUCGAGGUGGGAGGACUGUCUCUUUCUCCGUUAGUUUAACCUUUUGUAUCAAGAGUAAUAAGGGCUAACAUUGUCAGUAAUACAAGCUUUAAAGAUCCACAAUUGCCUUUGUAAAAUCUUUGAAAUAAAUAUUGCUAAUAUGUUCUCACA